UUGGCGUGGGUGCUGCGAGGGCUUUCCCUCUUUUUCCAAGCGCCAAGCCGUUCUUUCCUCGCCGCCAAGCGUUCUUCGACACUCCAGCGCCUCCGAUCAUCAUGCGUGAGAUUCUCCACAUCCAGGGCGGCCAAUGCGGCAACCAGAUCGGUGCCAAGUUCUGGGAGGUGAUCUGCGAUGAGCACGGGAUCGAUCCGACGGGGUGCUACCACGGCGAUUCCGACUUGCAGCUAGAGCGGAUCAAUGUCUACUACAACGAGGCGACUGGAGGGCGCUAUGUCCCGCGAGCUGUGCUCAUGGAUCUGGAGCCUGGGACCAUGGAUAGCGUCCGCUCGGGGGUGUUUGGGCAGAUCUUUCGGCCCGACAAUUUCGUUUUUGGGCAGACUGGAGCAGGGAACAACUGGGCGAAGGGUCACUACACAGAAGGAGCCGAGCUUAUCGACUCAGUUCUUGACGUCGUCCGAAAGGAAGCCGAGAGCUGUGAUUGCUUGCAAGGAUUCCAAGUUUGUCACUCACUCGGUGGCGGCACGGGUUCCGGCAUGGGGACGUUGCUCAUCUCCAAGAUCCGUGAAGAGUACCCGGACAGGAUGAUGCUCACCUUCUCGGUGUUUCCAUCUCCAAAGGUGUCCGACACAGUCGUGGAGCCAUACAAUGCGACACUGUCAGUCCACCAGCUCGUGGAGAACGCGGACGAGUGUAUGGUGCUGGACAACGAGGCACUGUACGACAUUUGCUUCCGCACGCUCAAGCUCACCACUCCAACAUUCGGAGAUCUAAACCACCUCAUCUCGGCUACCAUGAGUGGAGUGACUUGCUGCCUGAGAUUCCCCGGCCAGCUCAACUCGGACCUCCGCAAGCUGGCGGUGAACCUCAUCCCGUUCCCUCGCCUCCACUUCUUCAUGGUGGGAUUCGCCCCUCUCACGUCCCGGGGCUCGCAGCAGUACCGAGCGCUCACAGUCCCGGAGCUGACGCAGCAAAUGUGGGACGCCAAGAACAUGAUGUGCGCCGCCGACCCCCGCCACGGCCGAUACCUGACCGCCUCGGCGAUGUUCCGUGGCCGCAUGAGCACCAAGGAGGUGGACGAGCAGAUGAUCAACGUCCAGAACAAGAACUCGUCCUACUUCGUCGAGUGGAUCCCGAACAACGUCAAGUCGAGCGUGUGCGACAUCCCUCCCAACGGGCUCAAGAUGGCGUCGACUUUCAUCGGGAACUCGACGUCGAUCCAGGAGAUGUUCCGGCGAGUGAGCGACCAGUUCACGGCCAUGUUCCGGAGGAAGGCGUUCUUGCACUGGUACACAGGCGAGGGGAUGGACGAGAUGGAGUUCACCGAGGCGGAGAGCAACAUGCACGAUCUGGUGUCCGAGUACCAGCAGUACCAGGACGCGAGCGCCGAUGACGAGUACGAGGAGGAGGAGCCCGAGGAAGAGCUCCAAAGCUAGAGAGAUUUGGAGGAUUGCUUAUAACGUACGCGAAGAAGUUUGUAAAGCUGGACGAUGAUCAAGCAAUUCAAAGCUGCUCUAAAUUCCUAUA